ACAAUGUUUACGUGUUUGACUUUCGUACGGCAAUCGACAAUAAAAAACUUAUCACCAAGAUGUCUUCGGGCUAUAUGGUUUUAUCAUACAACAAUCCAAGGCAAAAGUGACUUGGACGGAAGGAUCUAUAAGGAACACGUGUUUACCGUUGGAGUUAUUGAUUUUAUAGUUUUUGCACCAGAGGUUAUAGAGCGAAGUUCCAACAGUAUAACUUUCCUGUGGAAACAGUUUUUCUGUGAAAAUGAAACGACUACACGAGUUAUUAAGACACCAUUCAAAUUGCAAGUUUUAGAUCAUCUAAACGAAUGGAAAACGAUUUAUUUUGGCUACGGAAGUCGAUACAAAGUGGAACGUUUAGCACCGUGCGUUUGCUAUAGUUUCAGAACAACUUGCGAAAGGCCGGAACGUUGGGUUUAUUUUAAAGCUGCGACAGAAAAUAUCGGACCUUUCACAUUGGCAAUGCACAUCGAACGUGCUGUAAGGUUAGGAAAAACAUCGCUCAUUAGAAAAAUCGCGGCGGUCAAGCCGAUACUACUGAAUACGGAGAAUAGAGAAAAUAAAACACCCUUAUUGGAAGCAAUCGAUGUCAACGACAUUCAAAUGGUUCAGUUGUUAAUAAGUUUGGGAGCCAAUAUAAAUAAGCCUUUGGAAUACGGGAAAAGGACACCUUUAAUGAUCGCGGUUUUCAAAGGGCAUCUCGACAUUGCCUCACUUCUAAUGGAAAAAGGUGCUAAUAUUUCCGCUGUCGAUGUCAACGGGUUAAAUCUAUUGCAUUACGCCGUUGAUUCUAACGAAUUAGCUAACGUCACCUUCGCACUCAAUACCGAUUUGGAUGUCAACGAUAAAGAUUGCAGUGGUUGGACUCCUCUACUAAGAGCAGCAAUACUCGGCUGCUCAGAUGUUAUUUUAAAGGUCUUACUCGAACACGGAGCAGAUGUAAAUGUCAAUGACAAAUUCGGAUUAAACUAUAAAAAACAACGUGCACUUCCGUAACAAUGCCAUUGUCAAUAGCAACGCGAAUUAUUGGUAAGUUGUUUCUACUAUCUAUUCAAAGAGUCAGUUUCAUUUAUAUUCUACGCUGUCUUAAGUCCCGACGAUAAAGUUUAUCUUUUAAAAGUUAACACGCACGGGAUUAAAAAAAAUUGAAAUCCUGUACGUUCAGAUGUAGAUAAAGCUCCUUUACGAUGCUCUCCAGUCCACAGAUCCGAAAAUAUUGCAAUAAGUGGUCCAGUUCUGAUAUCGAGGGUAUUACAGGGUGAGGGAGGAUUUUAGUUCUACAGGUUGGCUUGAACGUUUUAAAGUUUUUCUGGUGAAGCAAGAGAUGUUAACAAACCAAAUUGCUUUCGAAAAAUCGUCACUGGGCGGGGCAAGUUCAUAGCGCGAAACAGCUUUUUAUUACAAAAGGAAAGAGCUUCGCGGUUUCGUGUGGUAAAGGGACGCAUUGGACCACUAUGAAACUUUCUCAAAAUCGACGUAAUUUAAUUGUGCAUGCACCCUGUAUAAAAUGUCCUUCACAUCUCGUCGAACUUCAAAGUUACAGCAAACAUCGGGAAAUAUUAAAAUUUGCACAAAUAAUAGCGUUGUUGAAUGAUAUUUUUUCAAAUAUCUCGCGCCCUGAAUAAUUGACGAAACCUGACACUCUCUCACGACACGGUUUACGAUAUUGUUCAAAUAAAAUUAUUCUAUUUUUAACAGUUUUUGAUUUAUCGCCAAUAAUUUAAACAGAGAGAAGCACAUCGAGAAUAUGAAAUUUGUAUUGAGAAAAAAUAAACAAACAAAAAUAACGAUUUUUUUACUCAAAGAAUAAUGUAUGCCUUUUUGUUUUUCGUUUUUUAUGCCUAUAUUAGUGUUUAUUAGUUUUCUAUUUUUAUAUAAAAUAAGUAUAUGUACUUACCUACAUAUUUUUUUACAGCGUAGUUCUGCUUAUAGAGUACUUAUUUUCUGGUCUAUUAUACCCAAUUAAAUUAUCCAACCAAACAACCAUCACCGCGACUCACCAAUAGACACGUCCCUCUUUUAGCUCCGCCCCUCUCAAACCAUGCAUAAGCAAGUAAAGAGUUCAAUGAUUUGCAAAUUGCACAGAGUAAAGGGCGUCUGACAAAGUACUACUAACUAAAUUUUAAUGCCUAAUGAAUAAUACUUAUUUUGGCCGCCUAUUGCUUUUAGAGCAACAUCAUUUUUUUAAACGAAUUUACAAAACUCCAAACGACUUAAAGUCCAGUUGCACUUUGUAAAAGGUGACUUUUUUCGCUACUCCAAAAGUUGUUCAUAAUUGAAAACAUUCUUUCUUCUUCUGUAUUAGGUAGGACACAGUGCAAACGCAAGCAUCAAACAUAUGUCAUUACACCCCAAUUGCUUUUUUGUACAAUUAUGAAAACAUUGACACCAUUAGCUCACCAAUCUUUCCACUUUUCAUUGGUUACAAAUGCCUUAAUUAAAGAUAUUUCGUCAAAUACUUCAUCUUCAUUUACUAAUGUUUCACUCGAAGUAAUACCUAUUUAA